CUCACCAUUAUAGCGAUCAUCAACACACAUUAAGCAACCACUCCACAUGCGAUCUUCGUCUUCACCAGAAAAAGAGAAGAAAAAGAAAUGCUGCUUCAAGCUUAAAGAUUCAUACAGCUCGCCUCGCCUAUUUUCUGAAAGCCCUAGCCCAACAAUAACUGAAUCAAACUCCUCGCCCCAGUCAGAGAAUCUCUGGGCGUAUGUGAUUUAACGUGGCAUUGAAGCACCUGCGAAGAUUUACAGCAAGUUUCGUUGCCUAGUACAAUCGAUCGCUUUUGAGAGAAUCUGAAAAUGCUAACGUGCAUAGCUCGUCCUAAGCAACCCGGUGAUGAUUCUCUGAGUCAGUCUGAUGAGUUGGGUGCCACCAACAACCCCGCUAACAAGAAUCAGGCCGUCAAAUCGCUCACGUCUCAGCUGAAAGACAUGGCCUUAAAAGCGUCAGGAGCGUACCGCCACUGUAAUCCGUGCACGGGGCCGGCGGGUCAGAGCCGGUUCAGGAAUUCGGGCGAGUCGGAUGCGGAAUCGGACCGGUUCAGGUGGUCGUACCGGAGGACUGGAAGCUCAAGCUCGACAACGCCUAGGACGUGGGGGAAAGAGAUGGAGGCGAGGCUCAAGGGGAUAUCGAGCGGCGAGGCCACCCCGAAAUCGAUGAGUAGGCGCCGGGCCGAUCCGAUUGUUUACGUCUUGGAGAACGAGCCAAAAGAGUGGGUGGCCCAAGUGGAGCCCGGCGUCCUCAUCACCUUUGUCUCCCUCCCGCGUGGCGGUAAUGAUCUGAAGCGGAUACGGUUUAGUCGAGACAUGUUCAACAAAUGGCAAGCUCAGAGAUGGUGGGCUGAGAACUAUGACCGGGUCAUGGAACUUUACAAUGUUCAGAGGUUUAAUCGCCAAGCUUUUCCACUUCCAACACCACCAAGAUCUGAAGAUGAAAGCUCAAAAAUGGAGUCUGCGGAAGCCAGCCCCGUAACACCGCCAUUGACCAGAGAACGAUUACCCCGUAACUUGUAUCGUCCGAUGGGAUUGGGUUAUUCAUCCUCAGAUUCUCUUGAGCAUCACCCAAUGCAAGCUCGGAAUUAUUGUGAUUCUGGUGGUUUCAAUUCAACCCCAAAGCUCUCCAGCAUUAGUGGAGCCAAAACUGAGACGUCAUCAAUGGAUGCCUCCAUGAGAAGUAGCUCAUCAAGAGAUAUAGAUCGCUCAGGAGAGCUAUCAAUCAGUAAUGCCAGUGAUCUCGAGACUGAGUGGGUGGAACAGGAUGAGCCAGGGGUUUAUAUCACUAUCAGAGCCUUAUCAGGAGGCAAAAGAGAGCUUAGACGAGUCAGAUUCAGCCGAGAAAGAUUCGGGGAAAUGCAUGCUAGGCUGUGGUGGGAAGAGAAUCGGGCAAGGAUACAUGAACAGUACUUGUAAUAUGAAGAAAGCACAGUGCCUGGUGGUACUUUUUAGAUUACGGGGGUGUGUUUUUGUCAUUUUCUCUGCCAUACACUACUAGAUCCCUUUCUAUAGAGAUCUGAACAGGUGCUACUUGCACUUGAUACACAAAAUCAUUAAAAUCGGUAAAACCAAAGAGGUUUGUCAAUGUUGUAAUACCUUAAAAAAAAAUAUCCUUAUGGAGUGUAGGUGGUCAAGUACUGGGUUUAUGAUAUUAGUUUCUCUUAAUGAUUUGGUGGAUAAAGAGCAAUUAUGUGUUUGGGUUCUUUGGAUGAUAAACACAUCAAAUAUCAAGGAAAGAAUGUCUAUUUUAUUGUCUUCUAUGCACCAUCCUUUUACUUGGGGCAAACAUGUAUGUUUGGUGCAAUGGAUUAUCUGAUACACUUAGAGAAUUUUUUAAAAAUGCUUCGAAAAAUUAACAGAAUUGUUUCUCUUCAUGUCAACUUGGUCUAGUUGAAUGCAGUAGGCAUCUCUUCUUCUAUCUUUUUUUUUUUUUUCUUUUUUAUGUUUUUUUUUUCAAAAACUAUGUAUCCACACACAGAGAAGUAGGAUAAUUACAGUGAGGCAUCCAUUGUUUGAAGUUGCCAUGGUGACUGAGGUUUUCAGGAGGUGUUAUGACAAGUUGCUAUGACAUAUGGGACUUCUGUUAAGUGUUACGAGAAAUGUUGCGGUGCAGGGAAAUUCUGGUAGGUGUUAUGAGAAGUAGCUACAACAUAUAGGGCUUGUGGAAGGUGUUAUAAGAAGUUGCUGUAGUGCAUGAGACUUCUGAAAGGUGUUGCCAAAUGUUGCUGCCAUGAUUAGUGUAACACACUUUGAGGAACGAGGAAUAUGGAAAUUUGGUUUUAUUUUUCUCUACAUAUGUGUGUGUGUGUGUGUGUAUAUAUACA